AUGGCUAUCUUCAAGAAUUUUCUCGCGGCCACCGCGCUCUUCAACGUCGCUCUCUCGAGCACCGACUUCUCUUCGAAUGUCGGCUCUGUCGUCACGUCCGUCCAGCUCGUGACUUCAGUCACCUUCGUCGACCCGGUCCCGACUUCGUCUAGCACUCACUGCAACACCUUGACUGUCACCGCGUCUGGUCCUCCUAGCACUGUCACGGUCACUGCGCCUCCUGUUGUUAGCGGUACCGGAGUUAAGACGCUGACCGAGUCUUCUUCUACCAAGGAUAUGACUAUCCAGACGUCUAUCCCUUCGUCAUUGUCCUCAAUGACUGAGAAGCCUCUCCCGUCUGAGUCCUGCAUCAGCGACGUUCACACUGUCACCCAUGGCGGCACUCACACUACUACCAUCACUGGCUGCAAGACGCCCCCGAGCUUUGCCACUCCUCCUCCCACUCUGACCAAGAGCCUCACGUCAACCAAGGAGGUGACCGAGACCGUCGUCUCGCCUUCAUCCAGCGCUGCUACCCCCGACUUCAGUGUGUCCAUCAUCACUGGAACGCCGGUCAAGCCCUCUGAGCACUCCCGCCACGUGCCCUCUGGCUUCUCCACGCCCUCGCACUCAUUCCCCACUUUCAACACCACCAUGACUGCGACCGCGACUGGAACUGGUCGUCCUAGUGCUUCCAUGUCGAAGCCCGUCCUUCCUCCCUUCACUGACGCCGCUGAUGCCAGCAAUGUGGGCGCUGCCCUUCUGGCUGGUGGUGUCUUGAUGGCUCUCUUUGGCGCCUAA